AUGUCUGGGCACGGCAAGGCGCCUUUUUUUCGGCGCUCGCUCAGGACACGUUUUUUCGCCUACCGCGCUUUGGGUGCCAUUGCUCUGGCGCUGCCUGUGGCAUCCCAAGACCAGGUGGUGCAGGAACUCCUUAAGCCGUUGUCGGACAAGAAGGCACCAGACCGUGCACGCUUGGGUGCUCUGACCUGUUUGGCAUUGCUGGCAGAGCAGCGAGAAGGUUCUCCCUGCAGCUGGGCUGGGGGCUUCGUUGACAAGGUGUUGCCCUUGUUGACGCUGGCAGCAACGAAGCCGGUGCAGAGGCUGCAGAGCUUGCUGGGCUUUGCAGUGUGUGGCUCCUUGUCAAAGGCAGACGGAGAAGCCUUGGGCGCCAAAAUGAAGAAGGAACAGCUGACCUUGCUGAAGGAGAGCACGUCGUUUCUCAAUGCAGUGCCGAUCAUCCAAAAAGCACCCCAUGCCGAGCUUGCUGCACAGGCACAGUUCUGGCGCGCUGUUCUGGCAGGGCAAGUGCCAGGAAGUCCUUCUCUCCAGGAAGCGGGGCGGAUGCAGUGGCUUUCCCUCCCACCGAGCCCGUUUGUAGAGUGCAUGCCGGUGGUCCGCAGCACCAUCAUCUUGUUGGCAAGUCUUCACACUUCUUCCCCAGAGCGAUCUGUCGGAGAGAAGGAGACAAAGCCGACCAAGUGCAUGCGAUUGACGGAGAUCCUCAAAGAUGCUAAGGAAGAAAAUGCAAAUACGUUGUUGCUCCUGCUCUCUCAGGCCCUGCUUGCGUGGCUUGCGGAGCAAUCAUCGCUGCCUCCACGUCAGCGGCAGGUGAGUGGUGCAGCUCUGCGUGAGACACUGGUAGAGCUUUGCAAAGCUGCAGCUGCAGUUCAAGGCUUGUUGAUGCCAGAGGUGGUGUGCUUGCUGUCUUUGGCCGCCCACCACCCAUUGCUGGCUUCUCGUCGUUGGCCAACAAUGCGGCACUGGCGUUCGCUUCAGGACAAGCAUUUGGGCCAAUGCUUCGGCAAAGCAGGCCCAGGACUCUGGGCAUCGCUUCGGCAACUGAUCUUCGCUGGCAGACAGCUUCCCGGCACUGAUGGCAGCGGCUGUCGUCAAGCUGCCAUCUCUGCAGCACAGGCGUUUGAUGAUUCCGAGUCUGCGGAGGAAGUGACGGGGUUGCUGCAGGAUUGCUUGAACGUACUGCCUGCUGAUCAGGUCGUCGCAGAAAAGGUCGAGGACGUCAAGGUGUUCUUCGCACCAGAAGGAGUGCUCUGGAUCGAAGAGGGCGUCUAUGUGGCAGAAGAACGCAACAACAAGAAUGUUUCGAAGAACAAGUACCUGCAGGACAUGGAUGAUGAGGAACCCAGUGCAGCUCCGGCUUCGCGCAUCAAGUUUGCGCCGUUGCCUCGUGACAAGGAGAAGGAAAAGACAAAAGAUAGCAAACCAAAGGAAGUAAAGGACAAAGCAAAAGGCAAAGGUAAGGCUGCAGCAGGAGCUGAGAAGGGAGCUAUGACCCAGAGUCAGAUUGAAGAAGCCAAGAUUCAGGAGCAGUCCGACACGCGGGCACGCAUCCGAUGUUAUGUCGACGAAGCCAAUUUUGCCAUGGAUGUGAUUGCUUCCUUGGCAAAGAAUCAAUGCAACAAAGAGGCUAUCGAUGAGGCCAUGUGCGAGAUGGUGCCAUCUUUCCUGAAGCUACUGCAGUCACCUUUGACCGUGCUGAAGGCAAGGCAAUGUCUUCGAAGCUUGGUUCAGCUGGUGGUACCGCCCACUGUGAUGGAUAGGCGCGAUCUGCUGGCUGAUGCUUUGAUGAUCAUCGGCAAACGAUGGCUGAAUCGGAGCCCUGCUGCUGCUGGUACUCCUGGAGAUGUACGGGUGUGCGAGGUGGUUCUCUCUGAUAUUGAUGGGCACCAGCAACUUACUGGAUCCACGUUGGCGCUGGUCCUUCCCCUUAUCAUCCGGGCCCUCUUUGACAGUAGCUCGCAGUUGCAGGACCUUUGCACAAAGGCACUCCAACUCUUGGAAAAACAGCUAUCACUGGGCAUCAAGGUACCCGAGGAAACGGCCAUGGAGAUCUUCGAUUCCUUGAGUAUCGUUCUAUUGGCCUUGCCGGGAAUGGCCAACCAAGCCCAGGCCGCAAUGGUUGCUGCCAGCAAGAACAUGAUUUCUUCUACUGAUCAGCUGGUUCGCUUGGCAGAUUUGUUCUUUUCCAACGAAGAUUUAAUGCGAAGCUCAGUGAUUUCCGCCCUAGCGGCGCUUCCGGAGAACAUCAACUUGCAGGAGGGUGCCGUUGAUGCCGACGCAGCUCGAGCGGUCUUGAGGCUAGGGGCAUUGGAUGCCUCAGCAGAAGUGGCCAAGAAGGCCAUUGAGGACUUGGAGCUCGAUGUGGAUGAGGUGCUCCUCAUGGAGCUCAUCGACUAUGCUUCGAAGCGCGGCACCGUCCCUGCCGUGCAGGACUUGGUCGCCAAGGCCCUUGCCGAGGUGCUCACCGAACUGGAUGAUCCCAAGAAUACGGACACGGCGCUGGAGCUCUUAACUCAACUCUUCAGGGAGGAAGCAGCUUCCAGGAUCACCGUGGCGCGGUGCCUGGAGAGGAUCUAUGCAACCAAUCUCUACGGAGAAGAGCAGGUCUCUGUGGCCUUCCGCUUUUUGCUUCGUCAAGGUUUAAGCCUCACCAAUGGCAACACCCCUGAGGCCAGCGAAUUGCGGGACGUGCUAUUGGCGGCAGGUAUCAGCUUGAUCGAGCAACAUGGGGAAGAGCAUGCAGAAGGACUCAUCGGCAUCGUGGAGGCUUUCGAGGACAGUGCUGCUGGCACUGCUGGAGGUGAAUCUGCUCACCUUGGCAUUGCCGUUUUCCUGGGGGCUUUGUCCAAGCACUUGGGUGCAGAUCAUGUCAAGGUUCCAGAAAUUCUCCCUAGGCUGUUGCAGAGGCUCUUGGACAGCACGUCCACCAGAUCCGUUCAGAACGCCAUUGUGAAGGUGAUGCCACCAUUGAUGAAGCAGAACAAGGAGAAGGCAGCAGAGACCUUGGACGAACUUCUGGAAACCGCCUUGGCGCCCAAGACCGAUGCGGUGAAGCGACGUGGAGCUGCCAUGGGCGUCGGUGCCACCGUCAAAGGCAUUGGCAUCCAAGCAGUCAGGCAACACAACAUCCUGAAAACCAUUGAAGCUGCUGCAGAGGACAAAAAGAGCGCAGCUAUCCGUGAGGGAGCGCUGCUUUGCCUGGAAGGGCUGACCAUCAACCUAGGCCGGCUGUUCGAGCCAUAUGUGGUGUCUUCAUUACCGCUCUUGCUUCAGGCCUUCUCGGAUUCUCAACAAACGGUGCGCAAUGCAUCACAGGUUGCAGCUGGCGCCAUGAUGUCACAGCUGAGCGGACCAGGAGUGAAGCAGGUGUUGACUCCGCUGCUGGCUGGCAUCCAGGACAAACAGUGGCGGACAAAGCUGGGCAGUAUUGAGCUGUUGGCAUCGAUGACGAGCUGUUUGGAGAAGCAGCUGGCAGCAUGUUUGCCACAGGUGGUGCCUGCUUUGUGCACCGUGAUUAAUGACCAGCAUGCGAAGGUGAAGGAAGCAGCCAGAGAAGCUAUUAACAAGGUCGGAAGCAUCAUCAGCAGCCCUGAGAUCAAAGCCAUUGCACCACAGUUGAUCAGUGCGAUGACGGACGGCGCACAGUUCGAACACAUCACGCGAGAUGUCCUCGACAAGCUCUUGGCAACAUCCUUCGUGCAUCACAUCGAUGCCCCAUCCCUCUCUCUGGUUUGCCCAUUGAUCCACCGGGCAAUGAAAGAACGAUCUGCAGAUAUGAAGCGAAAGGGUGCGCAAAUUGUGGGUGCCAUGGUUCUCCUUAUCAAGGAUGCCAAGGACAUCCAGCCGUACCUUGAUCUUUUGAUUCCGCAGCUCAAGGUGACCCUAGUGGAUCCCAUCCCCGAUGUGCGGGCAACUUCUGCAAAAGCCUUCGGCACCUUGGCCAAUGCUCUUCCAGAAGACAUGCUGGGCGAUGUUCUCCCGUGGCUCUUCGAGAUGUUGCGCUCUUCAGGAUCUGCAGUCGAGCGCAGUGGUGCGGCACAUGGACUUUCCGAGGUUCUGAUGGCGAAAGGUGCAGAUCGCAUCGAGAUGCUGUUGCCAGAUAUCCUCACCAAUGCUGGCAAUCAGGAAGCGGACCCCGAAGCUAGAGAAGGCUACAUGGGUCUCUUUUGCUACCUGCCUGUUGCCAUGGGCUCCACCUUUGAGCCAUACAUUGAAGAAGUGCUCAUUAUGCUGCUGAAGGGUAUGUCUGACGAUGUCUCCUCCUGCCGUGACACCGCAUUCAAGGCUGCCCAGACAAUCACGAAGCACUUUGGAUCAUCUCACACGGCACUCUUGCUUCCACCAUUGGAGGAGGGGGUCUUCGAUGUGGACUGGCGCAUUCGACAUGGUGCAGUGCAACUCAUGGGUCAGCUGAUCCAACAGAUCCUGCGCGCUCACCGCAUUCCAACCAACAGUGCGGAGCUGAUGCAAGUCGAAGCUCUGCCCCGCGAGUGGCGGUGCCACAUGCUGGCAUCGCUGUACAUCGUUCGAAGUGAUGAGAACAGCGUCGUGAAACAAGCGUGUGGCCAAGUGUGGAAAGCGGUUGUGCAGAACACGCCUCGAACUCUCAGAGAGUUGCUGCCCACACUGAUGACACGCUUGAUCGCAAAUUUGGCUUCAACGAAUCGGGAGAAGCAACGGGUCGCAGCGCGCUGUGUGGGCGACCUUGUGGGCAAACUAGGGGAACGGGUGAUGCCGGAACUGAUGCCGAUCUUCAUGGACACGCUGUCCGAAGGCGAUGCACAUGUCCGAGAAGGUGUUUGCAUUGGCUUAGCGGAGCUCAUCAAUGCGACCACCAAGGACCUGCUGGCAGCCUACUUGGAUCAGUUGAUUCCAGCGAUCCAACAGGCGAUCAUCGAUGAUGACGAGUCGGUGAGGAAUCAAGCGAGCACAGUAGUUGCACUGCUUCACAAUGCAGUGGGGCCACGGGCGACCAAAGACAUCGUGGAAUGGUUGCUGGGAGAGCUGGCGGAGGAGGAGGAGGAAGGUGAGCUUUACCUGCAGGGCUUGGAACAGCUCAUGAAGAAGCAGCCAGGCGCCGUGCUGCCAACGGUUCUGGGCGAGCUUGCUUCGCCUUCGAAGACAGACUACACCAUGUUGCAGGUGCAAGGAUUAGCUUCACUGGCUGUGGUGCCCGAUAAGCAUGCAGUCCAUCGCCACUUGGGAGAUGUGUUGCCUGUCAUCAUGAAGGUUGCAAGUGGCGCGGAUACAACGCCUGAAAUGCGAGAAAUCGCUGUUGAGUCUGCGGCCCGUGUGGUGGAUGCAGUUGAGCAGAACGGUUUGGUGAUGCUACUCAAUGAACUUGUCGGACCGAUGCAGGACUCAGAAAGUGCAAUGAGACGAGUUGUAGCUGCACAGCUCUUCAAGCACUUUUUCGAAAACACCAGCUUAGACGUGGUCCCCGCUCUGCCGUUGGCCUUGCCGGCGCUUCUACCUUCAGCUCUUGCAGAUGAGGAUGAUGAGGCUUUGGCAGCUGCCAUGGGAGCACUGAAUGCCAUCGUGAAGAAAUGCAAAAAAGAGGAGCUUCCUCCGUACCUGAACGAGGUGCGUGGUGCAGUGUUGAAGCUCAUCACAGAUCAGCAGACUAAGAAAGUGGAUCCAGAAAUCUACCUUCCAGGACUUUGCAAUCACAAAGGCCUGGAGCCUUUGUAUCCCAUCUACCAGCAUGCCUUGGUCAAUGGCAAUCCCGAAGCGCGCGAGGUUGCCGCAAAAGGUCUUGGUGAGCUGGUGGAUCACACCACAGAGAAGGCAUUGGCUCCUUACGCAGUAAAAAUCACAGGUCCGUUGAUCCGCAUUGUCGGCGACAAGUUCCCAGGAAGCGUGAAGAAGGCAAUCGUCGAAGCUCUUCGCUCACUGCUGGUGCGUGGAGGUGACACUCUCAGACCUUUCCUGCCACAGCUCCAGACAACGUAUGUGAAGUGCUUAUCGGAUCCUCCCAACUCGCAGGAGGUCCGCGAGAAGGCGGCCGAAUCGCUGGGGAUGUUGGUCCGGAGGGCGCCACGCACGGAGCCCUUGAUCAACGAGCUUUGCACAGGCGUCGCAAACCAGACAGACCCUGCGGCCCGACUUGCCAUGGGUCAUGCACUGGGAGAGGUUCUUUUGAACCUGCCACAAGCCACCAGCGAAGCCGCACAGGCGAAGAUCCUCACCGCCCUCACCAGCCACAGCUUCGAAAUUGAUGAGCCAAGGGAAUGUGAGGUCAUCGGCUGGGCGUUCGGCAUGUUGCUACGCCGGCACCUUCCCACAGAGAAGGCCGUUGAGGUCUUUGGCCAGGAGGUCAAGCCCCUCCUCUCGGGAGCCAAGCGCACCAUAGGAGCUUUCGCAUUGGCAGGCAUUUGUUGGUGCCAGAAGCCUUUCCUGGAGCAGCCCGCGGCAGAGGAACUGUUGGAUCUCGCAGAUAAAGCUGCAGUUAGCCUCCUGCCACAGUUGCUGAAGGACAGUCAGACUGAGGUGCAAAAUGCAGGGCUGGCCCUGGCAGCCAGUCUGGCAAAGCUCUAUGCGAAGACCUCGCGAUCUUGGGAGCCACUCGAUGCUGUAGCAGAGAAAAUCGCUGCACUCGUGGGACCAGGCGAUGCCGCUGUACAAAGUCGCAGCGCAUCCUUGGCAGCACGGCAUUUCUUGGGUGCCUACUCCACACAGGAGGCCAAGAGCGGUAUCGCGAAGGUGGCAGCUGCAGUGGCACAGCGUGGCUCCAAAUGGGAGGACCCUGAAGAUUGCGAGCGCGCCCUUGCGGCAGCGCUGCCAGCCAAGAAUCGUGAUGAGGAGGGAGUCAAGACCUGCAUUGAAAAGCUGAUGGGCCUCGUAGAUGGGAAGGCAGCGCAGGCAUUGAAAGACUUUGGCCUGAAGAGAAUUCGCCAUUUGUCCUUCUACACGGGUUGCCCGGAUGACUUCCCAUGGGAUCUAUGA